ACGCUGAUGCAACAAUGGCAACAAUAUUGCAAGAUACUGAAUGGAGUGGACGAUGGUAUGAACUUGACCAAAAAGCAUAUGUAAUGUUAUAUGUUUCAUCACCAUCAGAUUUUCAAAAAGCACCUGAAAUGAAAAUAGAGUGGUAUGUUGAAACAAUAACUGAUGCCCGUCAGAAUACAAUUUCUACAGGAUUUAUUCUUAUUAAAUUUCAAGUCGAUGCUAUUAGCUAUCAAACUCAAAG